CCAAAUCACUGGAGUCAGGUGUACCUGGAGAAACGCCGUCAUUCAGAGCAGCACGUUUGCGGUUUAUCCCGGAUUUACCUGCCGGCGAGAAUGCGCCAAUGAUCCGCUGAAGCCGAGAAUCGUAGCUACGCAUCAACUAAUCAAUAACAAUGAAGAAGGGGUCGCUGAAUUUUCUGGGUCGAAAGAAUCAUUCUCUUUUCGACACCAAUGUCAAAAUGCAGGAGAUGGACAAUGUAGAGUUGGUCCUGGGGUCAUCUGCAACUCAUGAGUCAGGGACUGCAAGUGUGCGAGCUAGACCCACAGUGAAGCAUGGUGCUUCCUUGUCUGAGAGUUUCCAAGGCUUUGCUGUCCCAAUGCCGAAAGUCCCUCUCCUGCCCCCUGUCAAUGGUCCAAAGACCAACGGUUCAGUUGGUUGGGAUCCGUUGUCCAAUGGCUCCAUUACUUCAGUGCCUAACCUUGAUAAAGGGGAAAUAUUUGUUCCUCCUCCUCCUUCUGUAGCACCUCCACCACCUCCAAGUGAAUGGAUUCCACCUCCACCAGACUUCCUGGGUGACUUAAACACUCUAGACCUAGCAACCAUACAGCCUCCUUCCAUGCCCGCACCAAACCCUCCUUCAGUAGAACCAAAGGAUUUAUCCUUCCUAAAACCACCACCAAUGGCUCCACCAAAGCCUCUAUCUACCACUUCUACUGGCUCUCCAUCAUCCAUACCCAUCUCUAGUCCACCAUCAGCUCAAGUUCCAGAGCAUCCAAAAUUUGCCGCCCCACAGCCCCCUACUGAAAGGCAACAGAAGACUCAGAAGAAACCUCCUCCAAAGCCCAUUAGAAUUUCCUCAGUCUCCAACUCUGACUCCCCCCCACAGACUCCUGCACCACCACCCCCUGUGCAGACACCCACAUUGUCCACUUUCAAUCCCCAAAACACAGCAAAGGUUAACACUGCUCCUAAGACCUCAUUUCUCAAUGUGUUUGAAGACCGUGACAAAAAACCUAAGCACAUGUUACUCCUGGAAGAUUCCGGGUCUUCCAGCUCUGGCCCUGUUCUCGUCAAGGUGGACGGUAAUGCUCCCAAAGUGCCUACACUAUCUAAACCAGUUCCCAUUGUAAAGGAGCUGGAGGAGAAUUUACAAGUUGCCCAACCUUCUGAAUCUACCCUAUUUGAGCAAAAGACAGUGACUAAGACAGAGACUAAGACAAAGGCUAAAACAGAGACAAUUUCAGUGCAACCAGAAAUAACCAAACCAGUACAGCCACCGCCUCAGAAGUCUCUACAGCUUGAUGAAGUUGACAAUACUCAGAUUAAUUUAGAGACAAGCAAGGACAAACUUGGAGAGAACCAAGGUCCAAAAGCAGAAAGUCCAAAAGCAGAAAAUCCUAGAGAGUACCAAAGUCCAGCCCCAGUCAAACCUGGAGAGUACCAAAGUCCAGCCCCAGUCAAACCUGGAGAGUACCAAAGUCCAACCCCAGUCAAACCUGUACGGUAUCAAAAUCCAAACCAGAAAUACAGUCCGAUAUUGGAUCACAAACUACGUAACCUGAAAGGAAGUGAAACCCACGGAGCACGAGACGGGCAUGCAGCUUCUCCGCUGGCUCUUCUAAAGGCAGCUAAAGAAAGAGAGAAAAACAGAACGACGCACUCUGUUUCACAGGAAAACAGUGGAAAGAACAGUGAGCAGCCAAGUAUUCACUCAAGUGACCUUUCAAGUUCUGGCUCUUCAACUGUAAAACUGACAGAAAAAAUAUUACAGGAGACUCCAAAAUCCUUCAGUCCAGUAGACCGUCCACAAACAAAUGAUGCUCCUGAAACUUCAAGCAGUCAUGCCCUGGUCAAUGGUCAGGCACCAUCUACCAGUCCAGCUCUCAACAGGAUCAUAGAAACCCCUGCUGUUAGCAAAAAAGCAGAGGAGAGACAAAAGGCAUAUCAAAGCAGCUCACUGUCUCAGACUCCACAACCUGAGGGCAAUAAAGAUGGGUUCAGCAUGCCAUUACUGCCUCCACCACCAGAGUUUGAUGAUUUAAGCAAGAUUAUGGACCUGCCACCUUCCAUCAUUCCACCGGACCCUCCCACAAAAAAGGCACCGUCACCACCUGUAACCUCUCUUUCCCCUGCCUCAGUUCAGUAUCCUUUGAAUAAGACACAACCCUCUGCAGGUCCUCCCUCUUCAGUGCCACCUCCUCCUCUGAAGACAGCACCUACAGCUUCCAUUCCACCUCCUCCUCUGAAGACAGCACCUUCAGCUUCAAUUCCACCUCCUCCUCUGAAUACAGCACCUCCCUCUUCAAUUCCACCUCCUCCUCUGAAUACAGCACCUUCAGCUUCAAUUCCACCUCCUCCUCUGAAGACAGCACCUCCAGCUUCAAUUCCACCUCCUCCUCUGAAGACAGCACCUCCAGCUUCAGUUCCACCUCCUCCUCUGAAUACAGCACCUCCAGCUUCAAUUCCACCUCCUCCUCCUCUGAACCACCCACCUCCUAAUGUCCAACCAAAGACACAAGUCCAGACAAAACCCAAGCCAGACUCCACUCAGCCAGCACGCACUCUGGAACAAAGACAUUUUGAUCUCCAGUGCAUCCUAAAAAAGAAGCUGGAGGAAAUGGCCCCCAAAAUUUCCCACCAAAAGGAAGAUGUAGAGCCUUCCUCUGAUGAAUGGGAGUCCAAUGACCAGCUCAAAUCACCAACUACCAAAUAUCACCAGAAAGCAGCAACUCUGGACAUGAGGGAGCUGCAGCGUAAAGUGAACAAAAAAUAUCCAGAUAACUCGCCAACAAAAGCUUUGACCAGCAAUGGGCCGAAGUCUAAAUAUCAACAUGGUAUGACUUUCACAGUUCGGCCUGGAACCAAAAAUCCUAUUACUUAUCAUGAGUAGCGGAGAUUAUUAUAGGGUCUUUCGAUUCUUGGACAUGUUGAGACCUUCAACACAGACUAUGGGACACAACGUGUGUGAAACUACACUUUUAUCAGCAGCAGCGUGGACCACAGCUGAAAAAGAAGGCUUCACACAGGUUAUUUACACACUGGGUAGCAAAUAUGUUAAGAAUGCCUGUUGACAAAGGACUGCCGAAUCAUAAAGACAAACACUACACAGUCACUGUCAAAUGGUGUUUUCUUUUCCAUUGUGUCACAGUCAGAAAGAACGUUUUAAACAUUUGUGUAGUUGCUGCUAAUUAUUUAGUCUUAAGCUAUAUUUUGCUAUAUGUUGACUUUUUAACCAUAGCUUUGGGUAAUGUUAUUGUAUAGGAAAACUCCAUUAAUAUUCAAAUAAAAAAAGUUAAGUUUUUUAAAAGUCUUUUAUAAAACAAUGAGAAAUUUUAAUUGUAAAAUAUAGUAAUUUGGAGCAUAACUGUUAUUAUUUCAUGCUGUAAUUACCUGCCAAAUAAUGGGAAAUGUUCUUUCACUGUUACAUCUCGAUUAUGAAAGUCUUAUGGCGCAAAGUAGUAGGGGUCUAGUGUGAUUCUCACAUUUAUCCCAAAAAAUCCUUUAUGGUUUGUAUUGGAUUUUCUAUACUACUACGAUAAAGAGUGUUAAUCUAGUUACGUAUACAUUGUUAUUGAUGGAGAUAUCAAUUUGUAUAAUAUGAAAAUCGCAUUUGGACAUUGCAAGAUGUAGUUAUAUGUACAUGUUAAAGUUGUAUAUAGAAAGUCAUCAAAUUAAGACAUUCAACUCUAAGUAGGAAAUAAAUGUAACAAAUUGCUGAGUACACAUGGCUUGCAUGUGUACUCAAUUGUAUGUAAAAACACUGCAGUGAUUUGCAUCAUCCUAGUAAUUAAAGCUUUUAGCUGUGGCUCAGAAUGUAAGUGCAGAUUUAAUAUACUGGUAAAUUCCCAGGGUGCAGUAUUGUUUAGUUUGUGGCUUUAGUUUGUUGUUAGGUGGUUGCUAGACAGUGUGACAUCAUCGUAAUAUGUCAUGCUUAGUUUUUGGGAUAUAAAUUAUGUGUUACUGUUGUGAAAUUAAAAUGAUACAAUACUUUUA